AUGGAACAACCUGAGCCAAAGACUUUCCAUGGUGAAGAACCAUCGGAAGACUCUCAGCCUCAACAUGAAAUCAAUAAUUAUAGUGAGCAAGAAGAACCAGCAACAAUGCUAGAAGAAACUGAGGAUUCAACUAUGGAGUAUCAACAAUCAUCAUCUUUUGAGGAAAACUCUACUAAGGAAUCAUCAAAGACAGAAGAAGAAUAUCAAACUUCUAGUUAUGAGGAUGAUUGUAAUGAUUUCAGUGCUGAUGAUGUAUCUACUCCUAGAGCAAACUCCAGCUCGGAUUUUUAUCAUGAUAAACUAGCAAUACAAAAACCGAAAACAUUGAUUAAGGUGGGACUGCCAUCACCUUCUCGAACACACCCCCAAACAACAAACAGUAUUAGAAGGGAGAGUCCAUCAUUUGGUAACUCUCAAUAUAAGGUUCCUUCAUUUGUCCCAAAGCUUUCACUUCCUCCUAAUCGAUCACCAAAAGCUUCAACACCUAUUCAAAGAUACGAAAAAUAUCCUAUCAAUCAACCAUCUGUUUCCCAUAGUCAAGAGAUUAAAAAAUCUAAACCAAUUCACUCCACAGACAAGCCAAUUAUCGACAAAAAGGAAAGAAUUGAAAGAAACUUUACUGCCAGUCCAACAUUUGAUGAACCAAAGAAAACUCCAAAAACUCCAACAAGACAGUCCUUGAAUCUUCUCUCUCCUAAACAUCCUCUUUCUACAGGACCUGGAGCAAUGAAUUCGAAAAGAAGAUCUCAAUCAAGAGAAAGAAUUUCAAAAAUGUUUACUCCUCCAACUAAGGGUGCAACUGGAGCAUUUGCAAGCAUGUCUGAUUUUUUGGAAGUGAAAAGAACCCUAGAAUCUAUGGGAAUGAGUUAUAAUGGGAAGACUGUAAUAAGUUUGGAAAGUUUUGAUGAGGAAUCAAAAGAACCAAUUUUAUUAACAUCUCCUAGAAGUAUUGAAGCAUGUUUGAGAACAGGAAUAACCCCAUUAGAACUCUUGAAAAAACCAGAAUCAGAAUUCACCAAAGGUGUCUCUGAAGAGGUUGGUAAAAUGAGAUGGGCCCACUAUGAAACCAGAAGAAAAGAAAAACUCAUGAUGGUCAGGGAAGAAAGACAAAAGAUCAUUAUAGAGGAUGAAGAUAUUUCAGGUGUAUUUGAUUUUGAAGAAGAAAGGAUGGAAGACUCUUACAGAGUUCUGAUAGAAGAACAAAAUAAGGUAGAGAGUCAAUUCAAACAUAACAGAACCUAUAUUGAACAUUUAGUACAAUAUGAAAUAGAUUCAAAACGUAAACUGGCAGAAAGAGAAAAUAGACUCAAAGAAAGAGAAGAAAGAAUUGAAAAGGAAAGACAAAAAAGAGUGGAAAGACAAAUGGAAGCUAACAGAAAGAGAGAUCAAAGCAUACUAGAAAGACAACAAGAAUUGGAAAGAUUACGAAAUGAAAGAAAAUUAAUAGAACUUGAAAAGCAAAGAUCUGUUGAUCAAAAAGAUGAAAAAAGACAACAACAAGUUGAAGCUAGGUUAAGGGAUGCCAAGAGUAAAACUGAUAUGCUAAAGUUAAAGAAGGAUGAUAAGAUUAAACAAACCCAAAUGAGAGAUGAGCAGAAUCAAAAACUGAAAGAGCAAUCUCUCCUUGAAAGACAAGAACAAUUUGAAAAGAGAAUGAAAGAAUUUGAGACCCAAAAGAGCAAAAUUCUCCUCCAAACUAAACAAAGGGCUAUGAGCAAAGAAAAAAAGGUUAAAGAAGCACAACAAAGAGGACAAUUGAAUGAACAAGAAAAGCUGAAUAAGAUAAAUGAAAAAAUCAUGAUGACAGAAGACCAAUUAAAGAAAUUUGAGAAUGAAAAGAAUACGCUCACCCAAAGAAAGAAAAUAGAAGAACAAAACAGAGAAUUCCACAGACUAGAAGUUAUUCAAAAGAAUAAGGAAGAAACUGAAAAGAAAGUUGAAAAGAUUUUAACAAGACAACAAAAAGAAGAGCAAAUUAGAAAGGAACUUUUGGAGAAAGCUAGAAGAGAAUCUCAAAGAAAGGCUGAAGAACAAAGAUUAAAAGAUAUGGACAAGGCAGAAGUAAUUGAAAGAACAAAGAGGGUUGAAGAAUUCAAAAAGCUCCAAGCAUUAGCUGUUAUUGAGGAAAAGAACAAGAAGGUUGAAAUGAUUGAAAAGGGAAAGCAAGAAUUGGCCGAAAAGAAACAACUUCAGAGAACUCUUUUAGAAAGAAGUAAAUAUCUAUUGAAGAGAGUGAAUCCUGAUUCAAUAGAAACAGCAAAAGAUGUUUUGAAUAAGUCAAUUGACAGCAAAUCUCUCUCAAGUAGUAUAGAUUUUGACCAACUCAAGCUUACACCAAGAUUUUCAACACCUAGAGGCCAAACUCAACAUUAA